AUGGAAAAGUACUUCUCUGGGAAAUCAUCAAUCUCAAGAAAUGACUUGAAAAACCUUCUCAUGUCUUCAAAAAUAGAUGACGAAGAUGCCGUUAAGAUAGCUAAAGUACAUAUUGUGCAAAACAUUUUAGAAAGUAAAAGAGGUGACAGGUUUAUUGAUAAUUUUGUUUUGAAAUUGGUUGAUGAUGAACAAAAGUUUGAGAAUUAUCCAUGGGGUCGUCGUUCGUUCAAUGAAACUAUUGGGAGUAUUUCAAGUGUUUUGGAUUUGCAAAAAAACAAUUAUGAGUUGUGCGGCUUCCCUGUGGCUUUCCAAGUGUGGGGUUAUGAGGUUAUUCCAUCAUUGGGAUCUUUGUUUGGCGCUCGUAUAAGUUCAAAAAUCCCUAGAAUCUUAAAUUGGAAGUCAACUAAAGUGAAUAAUCUCCGAUCAAUUUGGUCUAAAGUUUUCCAAAAAUCAAAAGUUGAUUAUGUUUGUUUGUCUCCAUCUAGUGCGGAAAAAGAGUCAUUACACCUUAAUGGUAUGUUUACUGACACAGUAAUUCUUGAAAGAGGAAUAUACAUGGAUGCAAACAAUCCCCCCUCAAUGAUGAGUAACAAGACAAAAAGUAGCUCAAUUGAUGAAGAAAUUAUUUCAAUAUUGAAGGAGCUCAAAGAGGAGAUCAUUGAAAUAAAAAAAGAUAUUGUUGAAAUUAAAAGUGGAAUUGGUCAGAUUAAUAUAUGCAUGGCACAAGUUGAUGAGAGAACGAAAGAUACAAAUGCCAUGAAGAAACAAAUAGAAGAUUAUGAACAACUAAUUAAGAAAUUUGUGAAACAAAAUGAUUUAAAGAAAUGCAUACAUGAAGAAGGAGAACAAGUGAAAGAGAUAAGCAAAAAACGAUUGAAAUAUGUGCAAGAUUCCAAAGUUUCAGAGAAAACAAGAAAGUUAUCUGCUCAAGAGGAUUUGCAAGCAUGCAUAAAUGAUUUGUUAAGUGGUGAAAUACUUCUAAGUAGUCCUGAAUGUGUUCCUCAACCAAAGGAAUGCAUGAAUUUUGCAAGCAAUGCCCCUAUUGAACAAAGAGAAAAUUAUAAUAAGAGGAGCAUACGUGGCAAGCAACCACCAAAUAUUUCUAAAAUUUUAGAGAAAAUAAAAAAACCUUCUACACUGUUGAGAUCAACUGGCGAGAUUGUUCCUAGCAAUCCAAAAUGCAUUCCUCCUUCUCUGUCAAUUGUAAAAAGUGCCCGACAAGUUGUCAAUGAAAAAUUCUAUCAAAAGGAAGAAAAUAUUGCAAAGAACUUAGAGGAAUAG